AUACCGCUGGGGGUCAGAUUGAUGUAGUGAAGAUUUGCAGCGCCCCCCCCCUCCAAUUACCUCCCCACCCCCCUUUUCAAUCCCAGCUUCUGUAUCUUCCGAGGGAACUCGCUACACAGUGCUAUCUAGCUAAGUCUACCUAGCAUACUUCAGCUGUGCACUGACCAGACAGUCCCUUAGGUCAAUUUACCUACGUGCUGUUUGAAUCGUAAUGUGAGACCAACUUUCGUCUUUCCAGAUAUUGAAUCUCAAGACAUAUCACCAAUGUAAUACGGACUUCAAUACAUAGAUACAGUAAUCUUAUCAACCAUGACAAAUCAACGACGCAAACAGAGCGUUGUCAUGGUUACUAGACAAGUACUUCAGAGAUGACUUCAACCCUUCAGAAAGGAAAUUCCCUUUAAAAAAAAAAGAAUUUUUUUUUCCUGAAGUAGCCAAUUAAAUUUUAUGCUAGGCGUUUUCAGAAUUCUGAAAUUUUUUCAAAAGUCUAUAAAGUUCAAUAUCAAACUUAAAGUGUUGGAAUAAAUAAAAAAAAAUCUACACACAAAACAAAACUUUUUUCCGUGAGUGGAGAUAAAACUUUUGAAAUUGAGCAGACGUCAUGCCGAGAAAGAGAAAGGAAGAGAUUGAAAGAGAUAUAGCAGACGGUAAAAUUCAAAAACCUCAACAGAGAAAUGCCGCCAACGCCAGGGAGAGAUCACGGAUGAGAGUCUUAAGUAAAGCAUUCUCCAGAUUAAAGACAACAUUACCCUGGGUCCCUCCGGACACCAAACUUUCAAAGCUGGACACGCUCCGCCUGGCGUCCAGUUACAUCGCUCACCUCAAGCAGAUCCUUGACCACGAGGAGAACAUGACUUCUGCUGGAUUUAUACAUCCCUUGAAUCUGACCUGGCCAUUCACUUUCAACGGAAGAACAUUUGGAAGCACUUUGAACAGCCCGCCGUUAGGAACACGCGACAGUUGCCAUGGCGACAGUAGCAACAGCAGCAUGGGUGAUCACUCGCCGCAGUCGGAUAGAAACGUGAUGGCCAAUCAUCUGGGGCUCUCUCACUGACUGCGAAGUUAGGACGCCUUAAUUUAUCUCCAUGACAACUGUGAUGUUUCCUGACAUAUAUUUGAAGACACUUUGUACCUAAACAUAUCUAUGUAUAAAGACCCCCCUGUACAUAAUCUAGUGUGCAGCCCUUCUACAAACCUUUUACUAGUGUGGGCGUCGCUCCAUUAUUUAGUUUAUUUUUAGAAGAUUAUUCUUACAUCUUAUAAAACACAGACGUUACGCUAGAAAAGAUGUUUCUGUGUAAAGCAUUUUCCUUUUCAAUAAUAUACACAAAUUUUAUGAUGAAAAUCUAUUUCAGUGUAGGCUCAUUAUGAUGGUUCUAGUGGCGUUGCAAGGAAUAUUGGGGCCCGGAGGGCUUGGCCUCUUUAGGAGCUCCUGCAUUUUUGAAAAAAAAUUAAUUUCGAACACUCAUUUGAGCCCCCCCACCCUUUAAGUAGGUGCCCGAGGGGGGGAUUUUCAAAUUCUCCCCCCCCCCCUCUCUCAACCAUAGCUACGCCACUAAGCAAGGUUAUAUUAACCGAGUCAAUACACGUCUACUACCUUAAAAAAAAAAUUGACCAAGUGAGUUUGUAUCACAGAAACUUACAUGCAGGCCCCGAGUGUCAGUCUUACACUCACGUAAUGUCUUUCAAACAUCACAAAUCUAAAUGGAAUUGACAUCAGAGACGAAGUGAACCCAUUGUACUAUUAUAGUUUCAUAUGUACACCCUACAUAUCAUAAUAAUCAUAAAGUGCCUUGAUUCUUCAUUCUUGUUUUAAAAAUGGUUUAUGCGUAUGUGCAUACUGUGUGAAUAUUUAAAUUAACAAACAAAUGGAUUUACUAUUUUUAAAAAAGACCUAAACGUAGUCUUUGGGAUUGAUAUUGGAUACAAGGAAGACGUUGGUGAAAUUAAGACAUGAAAGCAAAUCAGGGGCAAUAUUUGUCAAUUCAGUUUUAAAUAAAAGUUUGUUAAGUACUUAAGUGACUCAGCGGUAAAGCGCUUGAUUUCCUAACAAGCGGUCCCGGAUUCGAAUCCUGGUGAAAACUGCAAUUUUUAUUUUGGGAUCCUUGGGUGCCUUUGAGUCCACCCAGCUCAAUGGGUACCUGACUUUAUUUGGGGAAAAGUAAAUGCGGUUGGUCGUUGUGCUGGCAACAUGACACCCUCGUUAACAGAGAGCCGUAGAAACCGAUGACCUUUACAGCAUCUGCCCUAUAGAUCUCAAGGUCUGAAAGGGGAACUUUACUUUUUUUUUUACUUAAUUGACCACUAAACUCAGUGGGGUAACCACCAUGGCGUAAAAGGGCUGAUUGGACCAAGGCCUAUGACUAUUAGGGACCAACGGUGGCUUAAAAGGAAAAGAAAAGGGACUUAUAAUGUUAUGUAUCAAAUUAAUAUCAUGCAUCACUUGUUACAAGUCAUUACUGAUUUCAGUUAAAUGCCAGUGAUACUUGUAGAAGUGUACUUACUUGUAAAUGUAAUGAUACAUACAGGAUGAAUCGAUUUGGUUUUAGUUAUACUGAAAGUACUAGAGGGUUGCCAACUACUAUAUACUUGUAUCUGGGCUCACCCCGUACUUUGCUAUGCUACUGUCUGAACUGAUAAAUUAAGACAGUUAUCAGUUUUAGUGGCAUAAGAAAUUAAUGAAAAGAAGACAGGAUACUGCCAGUCAGGGCGGGCAGGCGAGGCUACAGCCCCGAGUCUCCAAAAGUAAGGGGUCUCUACAAAAGAGAUAAAACGAUAUGUCAGAAUUUCGAAAGGUCAGAAAUUAUUUUUUUUUCGCAUUUUUACAACUGGCAGACAAUGUCGUGAUGAAGAAGUGUCCGCGUGUAGCAUGCUGGGAAUAAGUCAAUACAUGUCCGGUUUACGACAAUACUUCUUCAAGGGGCCUUACCUACCAUAGAUUUAAUAGCAAACACUUUUUAAACCCAAACUUUAUAUAUUAAAUAUUUUUAAAGAAAGGAAGGUGAGUUUAAAUUGUCAAGAACUCUAGUUCUUUCUGUUAAACUAUAGCCAGCUUUUAGAUUGAAGUAUUUUCAGUCAUAAGUGGAUCUUUAUUCAAGCUUUCGAAAAAAAUGGUUAGGGAUCUCCACCAAAAAUCCCAUCCCAGGCCUGCACACACCAAAUCUGGUACUGGAUAGCGCUAUUAUUAUGGAUGACCAACUAUAUAUUAUAAAUACAUUAAUUAUUAAUGCUAUAACAUGUUGCCUCGAUUGGAAGAUGCAUUUAGUCGGAGGCAUAAUAAAAAGGAAAACCUUAGUAAUGUGACAGUUGAGAAUGGCGGUUCGACAGUGUUCAAUAAACAUUUAAUUCUGUGGUGUUUCACGGUGCGUGCAGCGUGUCUCUAGUAAAUGUUGACACAUGCACAGCAAUAGAUUCUACGUAAUGCUCUAGUUUGAUUAUAUAGCAGUUCACAGUAUAAAAACAAUGCUAAUAAACUCAUGAAAGAGUCCCGAAGCCUUGCUGCGCGCAUGACAGUGAAAGCAUGAGAUGUGAUGAGGCAGAACAGAAAACAGAUAUCAUUGCGCGUGCCUCAGUUCUCAUACCUAAGGGCACCCACAUUUGGUGCUCCACCACACACAAGAGCACAGCUUUAGUGCUUGUCUUAGUUUACAACAUGGGUGACGAAGUUCGUUGUUCCCGUGAUAGGCUAGUCAUUGACUAAUUACAGACUAUUUACAGGCGAUCUAUCGACUAUUUCAAGCUAGCCUUUGUACAUUGUAUUUACAUAGUUUACUUACAAAUGCAGUAUUACUUGUCCUCACUGUAUUUUAUUUUUUCAGCUUAAAUUAUUUCUAUUGUUGUCUGUUUUCUGAAAAUUUGGCUUUGAUAUUUUUUUUAAAAUUCGAACUACUUUUUGUACAUAUAAAUAUAUGACAUAUUGUA